AUUACUCAUCACCAUGCCUCCCUUUCCCAACCCUCCCGCCGAAGACUCAAAGUCGGUCACCUGGCCGCUGCUAUCCUUCUCCAUCCACAAAGAACAAAAGAUAACCGGCAUGGCAACCUUCUUUCUCGACCACGCAAACACAGAAUUCGGCUUCAUCAGAUCCACCUCCUCGAACAUCGCGUCUGUCUUCCGCUUCCUGGAAACAAAUGAGCCCAUCUACUUCCAAGCCAAGACCGCAAAGCAAUCCAUCGAGCUUCCAGAGUCAGCUCAAGUCGUCUCCACACUCCUCGACGAGAUGUACGGUGUCUACAACCCCACCACUGGUUCCAUCUUCACCAACUUUGCGCUGAGGAUGGAGAUUGAGAAAGAACUCAUGAUGAACCAGCUCUUAGAUCUCUUCAUCGCCGCUGACAAGUACAACCUCGAACCCAUCAAACGCCGCGCCGCCGAAGCCAUCAUCGACCGCCUUCCCUUCAUCACCGACCCGCUCAUGAUCGUCGACCUCGCUACAUGCAUCUACCACGAGCAGUGUCCCGAGAACGACCGAGGACUGUGCAACGCUAUCAUCGAGUGUGUGAGGAUGCGCACGCCGGCUAUACUGGAAGAUGAGAGUGCGUGGGAAGAGUUCUCGGAGAACAAGAAUGUGCUGAGAGCUUUUCACGUGUCGCAAUGUGAGGCGGGUGAGGGUAGUGGUGUGUUCGGGGGUGGAGGCGGGGGUGGGGUUUUGACGCCGCCUGGAUUGAGUUACGAAGAGGUAGCUGAGGCAAAUGCACUUGCGGUCGACACUCGAUUGAAGGCGUUCGGUGCAAAGACCUUGCUCAGCUUUGGCUGAGCUGUCGCGCACCUCCCCAUGCCGCUUUCGUACGCAAUCUAGAUCCCAUUCACUGUGCUUGCGGUCCUUCUUGGUUGCAUGGUGCAGCGGUGUAAGAC